AUGUCCGAGCUUCCCACAUCGCUAUGGCUGGGUCUAUUGCUGCACCACCCUUUUGCCGACCAUGAACACGGUAUGCUAAUCCACAGCCUCGUCUCCUAUCUGUUCUACACGUUUUGGGUACAUUCCUGCUGCUCCAACACGGUGCUGGCUUUUUCUCGCUUUGUCAAAAUCAUCUGCCCCGCCUCCCGUCUCUCCUCACUUUGCACCGGCCGAACGUCAAUAUGCGUCCAAGCACUGGCGGUCUGGCUUUGCUCCGGUCUCCUUGCCCUCACUACUCAAUUUUUGUUGUCAUGCUGCCGGGUCCAAAUCGAUCACCACAGCUACGGGUACUCCUAUGUACGGGACGAAGAUGCGUUUAACUAUUCGAAAUAUUACGUCAAUUUACCGGCAAAUAUCAUACACACCGUUAUAUUCUGUCUGUUUUAUGCUAGCCACCACCCUUUUGCCGACCAUGAACACGGUAUGCUAAUCCACAGCCUCGUCUCCUAUCUGUUCUACACGUUUUGGGUACAUUCCUGCUGCUCCAACACGGUGCUGGCUUUUCUCGGGUCCAAAUCGAUCACCACAGCUACGGGUACUCCUAUAGUGCAGCACAUUUUGGUCCAGAUCAUUGUAUUUUUAUGGCGUCACCGGAUGCCGAUUGGGUCGGCGUCACGUAGAGAAUUUGAACUUGCGAUACAGUUCUUGUGUAUUGCCGCCUUUUUCUCGUUGACCUGGAUCUCAUUUAAUAUUCUUCCAACAACUCGUCUCCGCUCCUUGCCGGCUACCGUAAUGCUAGAAUUUGAUUGCGCGGCGGCGGCAUUAAUUUAUCUAACGAUGAACCGUGAUAUCCGCCGAUACCUCAGCAAAACCGACGACCGGAAGAACUCGCAAAGCGGCUCGAAUUUCCGGAAGACGACCAUCCAUACGCACUGUUCGAGCAGGAGGCUAAGGACUGCCCCGGCGGCAGUGUCACUG